GUCUGUCAAAAAUAUUUAAAAUAGAUUAUUUUUUGGAUUUUUGUAAAAAUUAUCCAGAUUCCAGAUUAAAUUCUAUUAGAAUUUUCAAGUGCAUUGUUUUCAUACUGCAUUUUCACUGAUUGUGCUUUUGCAACCGCGUGUGUACGAUGAAACUGUGCGUCUAACAGUACUUGAUUGUGCAGCGAGGAUUUUGGUGACGACCGUCACCGUUACUCUCUAUUUAUGAAUGUGGGAAUCUUCAAUAGAGUUAAUCACCAGAGCAACGAGUGUGGCGGCAUGUACUCGGAAUGGAGUUCGCUGCCGCUGGAAGGCGGCGGGCGCGGCGUGCUGGGCGCCGUGGGCGGGCGGGACGUCGUGCUGGCCGUGGUCAAGCAGCUGGCCUCGCCCGAGCCGAGCCCGCUGACUACUGACGCCGAGGUGGAAUGGGUGCUAGAGGUCAUUCGCUAUGGUCUUUCGCUCCCUCUAAGCUCGCACGAGGCGGUGCGGGACUGCGUUCGCGUGUGCUGCGCGUGGCUGGCGCCGCUGCUGCCGCCCGCCGCGCCCGCGCAGCCGCCGCCGCCGGCGCUGCCGCAGCCGGUGCGCGACCACCCGCACCGGUACGCUAGGAAGAUACUGGCGCAUCUGCAGAACCUGUUCGUGCCGAGGCCUGAUGAGAGCGGCGACCUGAUCAGCAAGCAAGCUGUCCUCUGCCACCGGGUGCUCCGCCUAGCUCGCUCUCUCGCCGGCUCGGCCAUGCUGGGCGCGCGCGAGUGGCGCUCGCUGCUGCUUCUGCUGCUGGCGUGCGCAUCCGCGCUGUUGUCGCCGCCCGCGCCGCACCACUCGGCCGCUGAGCAGCUGUGCGAGCGCGUGCUGUGCGUGCUGUUCGAAGUGUGGAUACUGGCGUGCCACAGAUGCUUCCCGUCGCCGCCGCUGUGGCGCACGCUGCGAGCGCAGUGCGUGCGCUGGCGGCACCGCGCGGCGCUGACGGAGCAGUGGGCGCGCGCGUCGCUGUGCCUCACGGCGCGCCUGCUGCGCCACAUGUACGGCCCGCUGUUCCCCGCCAUGCCCGUCAGCGAGGAGGACGCGACCCUCAUCCCGGCAGACAUGAGCGCGGAAGCGGUGAUGCAGAGCUGGUACCGCAUGCUGCACACCAUCGGCAAUCCUGUCGACCUGUGCCGACCGCAUCUCAUCAGCCAGACGCCCGACUUCCUGCAGUACUCGAUCACGGCGGAAGAGGGCGCGCGAGACCCGAGCCAGCACCCGUGCCUGGCGGCGCUGCCGUCUAUCUUCCACAAGGCCAUGAAGGGCGUGGCCGCGCACGUCGACGCCUUCCUCGGGCGGGGCGACUGCCGGUGGUGGGCGGUGCCGGAAGCGGGCGGGGCGGCCGACGACGAAGACACGCCCCCCGCGCACCGCCGCCUCGCCAAGUCCUUCAGCGUGUCCUCCCGGCCGAGGGAGCCUAAGCCCGAGCGCGGCACCCCGCGUACGUCUCUGAUUGGACUGACAAGCAGCCGGCCGGCCAGCGUUGCGCCUACAACGCCGCCCAACUCUAUCACGUCGCAAGUGUGCGACGCAGAGAAACCGCCACUAACACCGCUGCGGCCAAAAGUGAACUCGAUUUUCCACCUGUUUGGGGAGUGGCUGUUUGAGGCGGCGCUUAUCGGGACCACGCCUCCUUACACCAACAACCAACAACGCGCCGACGGCACAACGCCACCGCCGUCGAUGUCUGACGCUACGUACAAACUCAAUAUGAUGAGUUAUCAGCCAGGUCGUGCCGAAGCCCUGGGCACGCUUUGUCGUGUGCUGUGCUCGAAACAGUGCCGUGAAGAAGUAUUGGCGCCGUAUCUGGCGCGCUGCUACGCCGCCAUCCAUCGGGGUCUGCGGGACCCCGCCACCGCCGCUGCCGUGGUUUUGAACGCGCCUGACAUAUUCAGAUUGGACCUAGACGGCGUGUUAGUUCUUGUGCCAGACUUCAUCUCGGCACUCGAAAAGAUCCUCUGCGAGCGGGAGCCUAAACUAGAGUGCGGGACCAUAGACAAGCGCGAGCUGCGCAAGGCCGCUAUAAGCGCGCUGUUGUCUCUGGUCGCUUUCCCGCAUCAUUAUAAAGGACUGCCGGUGCCUGAGUUCCCGGGAUGUAAUGAGUACGCGGGCAUGACGCUAGGCGACCUCGUGCGAGGCAAACUGUCUCUGAUCUGCGUCUCUGCUGUGCAAGUGGAGUGGUCCGACGCACUCGCCGUGCCGUUGCUAAGUGCGCUAUACCUGUGCGUUCGACACAACGCACAGUCUGGCGGGAGAGCCGCGUCCGCUCCGCCUGGAUCGACUAUGUCGCAAACUACUGAUUAUAAAGCGCGAUCGGAUAGCGGCAGCGCGUCGGGCAGCGCUGAAGGACAUUCGUCGCUCGACGACUUUGCGGCCGACGUUAGGGAGUUAGACCCAUCCUCGCCUGUUUUCGGUGCAGCGUUAGUGGUUCGCGCGACGUACCUCGUGUGCCACCGGCUCAUUUCUUCGUGGAAGGGAGACUUGCAGGUCUCGUUGGCUGCCUUGGAACUGCUGUCAGGUCUAGCCAAGCUACACUCCGCUAAACCGGAGGCGGUGGAGCGCAAGCGCGCCGUGCGCUGGAUAUGCGACUACAUCGUGGUGCAGUGCUCGCGGCCGCCGCAGGCGCACUCGCGCGACCUGCACUCGUGCGUCGUGUGCGCCUACGCCUGCCUCGCCGCCUGGCUGUGCCCGGCGCUGCUGGACGCGGCCGACACGCGCGCCACGCUGCUGCAGGUCGUCGAGCUGGGGCUGUCCGGCGCGCGCAGCCAGGGUAAACCUGGCGACCCGCCAAAGAUGAAGGACGAAAAGGAGUUGAAACCUGUCUCCAUGAGAGUUCGAGAUGCUGCCGAAUCUUUGCUAAUGCUCAUAUUGGAUCAGGAGGGUGAGAACGAACCGGGUGGUGGUCGCUGGUGCAGACUCGACGAGAGAUGGUUGCGAGCGCUUGGCCACGGCAGACUUCGACAUUUCGUGGCGGACGGUGGUUUACUACUGUCGCUGCUGGAGGAACCGCUGGCUAACAGCCAGGAGCCGCAGCCGACGCUAGUUGUGAUAAUCCGGUGCGGCUGGGGCCGCUUCGCGUGGUCGCUCAGCAGCCGGGGCGCCGCGCGCUGUGCGGGCCGGGGCGCCGGCGCGGCCUGCGCGCGCCCCGUCGACAUGCUGCCCGCGCCCCGGCCCCCGCCCCCUGCCUGCCGCCCGCUGCAGCCGCCGCCCCCGUGCGCGCUCGACAGCGCGUUCCCAAGCCUAGAGUCUGUGCUGAGACAGCUGAACGACCCCGAAGCGCCGACGCUGUUCAAACUGCUGGACCAACAGGCCGCGAUAGAGAAACGCGUCACGGAGAGCGAAGAUAAUGUUGUACCUGAAGAAUACGUGCCGCCUGAGCCUGUGACCGAGUUCCAGACUGCGAGACUGUUCUUGUCACAUUUCGGAUAUUUGAACAUCGGAGGUGAUAAAAAGGGAGGGCCCCCACGUCUAGUAGCCCUAGAUGACACAGCACCGGGCUUCGAGGCAGCGUUGCGGCGUCUUGAUGCCUGUGGGUCGCGCGCGCCACUAACCGUUCACGUGUUUUGCGCGCGCGCCGGACAGACUACUGCCGCGGCCAUAUUGGCUAACGUGCACAGCUGUGAUACUGUGCCGCCUGGGUUCAUACGCAUGCUGCACGGAUUGGGCACGCCGGUAUACGUGCGCGGGCACGGCGGCUGGUCGGGGCGCGCCAGCACCAGCUACGACGCGCACGCGCCCGCGCAGCCCCGCCCGCCGCCCGCCGACCCCCGCCGCGCCCCUGCCCCCGCUGUCUACGACGCGAGGGAACAAGUUAUAUACUGGGCAGACUCUACGAACGAGAUAGCAUUUGUGGUGCCUUCAGGGCACGAGCUAGAUGAAGAGAAAAGUGAUACCGACGGCGGCUGCCAAUCUACCAGGUAUCACUGUUAAGGCCCUUUUGCGUCAAC